AUGACUUUGGCUAUUACUACAUCGUACACCUCCCCCUCCGAAAACAAAUCGUGGAAUGUCCCGGUGUCAACAGAAUCCAAUGGCGAUAAUACACAACUCCAGCAGCUAACGGAUGCGAUCAAGAGCAUGCAAGACAACUUGAAUCAAUACUUGACAGAACGCAUGGCUGCCGACAACGAGCCUGCCACCGAUCUAGCGCAGGAUGAGGAAGAACACGAUGAAGAGCAAGGUGACGACGAGGAUACUGGUGCGGGUGCCUUACAACGUCGACCUGAUGCACCCGUUACCACCAACAAUAAGAAGCAAAAGACUGUUUGA